AUGCCUAUCCGUGCCCACUGCACCAUCUGUUCCGACUUCUUCGACAACCAGCGGGAUGUGGCUGCCGUGCCCUGCGGGCAUACCUUCCACCACGCCUGUCUCACACAGUGGUUUGACACAGCACCAAGCCGGACAUGCCCGCAGUGCAGAAUCCAGGUCAGCAAAAGACACAUCAUCAAUAAGCUAUUUUUUGAUGUUGUCCUGGAGGAGCAGACAGCACCGGAUGCAGAGACCUUGCAGAAUGAACUGGACAAGGUGAAGGCUCAGCUCUCCAUGAAAGAGAAAGAGAAGCGGGAGUGCCAGGCUCUUGUGGAUGAGCUGAGGGACACUCUGGAUCUGCGCAAUGCCACGAUAGAGUCGCUCCAGAAGGUGCUGGGAGAGACAGAGAUGCUGUGCUCCUCUCUCAAGAAGCAGAUGAAAUUCCUGGAGCAGCAGCAGGAGGAUAACAGAAGCUCAAAGGAGGAGGCCCGCCGCCUGCGGAACAAGCUGAGAACCAUGGAGCGGAUUGAGCUGUUGCUUCAGAGUCAGCGCCCCGAAGCAGAGGAGAUGAUCAGAGAGAUGGGAGUCGGGCAGGCAGCGGUGGAGCAGCUUGCAGUCUACUGUGUCUCACUGAAAAAGGAAUAUGAGAACUUGAAGGAGGCUCGGAAGAUGUCUGGUGAGAUGACAGAGAAGCUGAAGAAGGAGCUUCUUUCUGUCAAUAACAAGCUGCAGAAAACAGUUUCGGAGUUGAAGAAGACAGAGGAGGAGUUGAAAAGCACCCAGAAGGAUCUGAAGAAUGCAGACAAGGAGAUCUUGAGUUUGAAGAAGAAGAUAGACAUCUUGCAGGAUAGUCUGAAGGUCCCAUCUGUAACCAGUGAGACACUCAGUCGACUAGUCUUUGAAAGCCCUGCUCCCAUGGGACUGCAGCCCCCGAAGCUCCACCACCCAACCAACAGCGAUGAGAUCGAUCUAGACGCUACCUUUGAUGUGGACACUCCUGAACAUGAGCCCUGCAGGUCUCCCUUGAGACCUGCAAAAAGGAGGAAGAUGGAUAAAAAGCUGCCUCCGGUGGUAAAUCUGGCAAAGAAAGUUCUGAAGGAAAAAGUGGAGAACUGGGCAGAUGAUCUGGAGGAUGAUGCUCUUCAAGGACUCUUGCCAGCAUUCAUCAGGAACUCUGUUCUCUCCAAGAAGCCAUCUUCGGGUAGCUUCCUGGGUCCCCACAAGAACACCGGCACUGUGAGGAUGGGAUAUGAUGGCAUGGGAGGCAGAACAAAGUUCAUACAACCUACAAACCUGGCAGAAAUCCGUCCAUUAGCAGGGAGGACCAAAAAGAAGGUCUCCAGGCCAGCAUCUACAGCUCCUUCCACAUCUUCUGCCAGCAGCAGCCAAGCCAGACUAGACAGUUUCCUGCAGUGAGAGCCCCUUCCCUUCCCAGGGCACUGCUGGGCAAGGCAGCUGCAUGGCAGAGUGCAGUUGCCCAGAGCCUGGCACAAAGCAACAUACAACCACCACUAUGUGGGGGACUAUUUGCAAAGCAUUGACGCUGUGCUGGGGUGAGAUGAGCUGCCUCAGAGAGAAUCCUGGCCUUGCAGCAAGCCAGCAGGAGACCAAGCCUCUGGCUAGUGCUUGGAGUGAUUUACUCCCUUUGUUUUACUACUUCUUCCUCCUGUUUUCAUGCAGUUUUAACACUUUUCUCAUCUUCUGGCCAUCCCAGAGCUCUGCAGUUGGGCUCUCUGACACCAGGUGGAACUGCACUUCUUGGAUGCAGCUGCAAGCUCGAGGUAUAGGAAGGGCAUCUGGGAUGUCGGUCUGGAGUGAGAGCAGGGAAUAGAGACCUGAACUGGCUCUAUGCCUGCUGUAGAUAGUUCCAAGAGUUUCCUGGAGGAAGCAGCAUGCCCAAGGGCGUCCAUGCCCAGCAUUGCUAGAGGGUGGCUGUUCAUCAAAUAAAACAUCUUCCUUCUGCUGCAGGCUUGGGGAGACUCACAGACAAGCCUGGGAGAUGUUCUGCCUUUCCCUGGUGUGGCCCAUGAAGUCCACUGCAUUUUUUCACAGGCUUGGCACUGAAAUCACUGAUGUGAGGAGGAUGUGGAGGGUCACCCCCUGUGCUGCCUGUAAAGUGGGAGAUGAAUGUGCUGGUGUGACCUCUGUUCUGAGCAUGUGUUGUGAGACUUGAUUGUAUGAAUUU